CGUCUGUCCCUGCAGGUCUACGAGACGGAGCUGGAGGAGCUGGAGGAGUUCGAGCACCUCUGCGACUUCUGCCACACCUUCCCCCUGCUCCGGGGCCGCAGCCGCGACUGCGGCGACGACCCCUCGGUCGUGGGGGAGUUCAAGGGUUCCUUCAGGAUCUACCCCCUUCCCGAGGACCCGCGUGUGCCGGCGCCGCCCCGGCAGUUCCGGCAGCUCCCGGCACGGGGCCUCCAGGAGUGUCUGCUCCGGGUCUACAUCGUCAGGGCCUUCGACCUGCAGCCCAAGGACCCCAACGGGAAGUGCGAUCCCUACGUGAAGAUUUCCGUGGGAAAGAAAUCCAUCAACGACCAGGAGAAUUACCUGCCCUGCACCCUGGAGCCUGUCUUUGGGAAGAUGUUCGAGCUGAGCUGCACCCUGCCCCUGGAGAAGGACCUGCGGGUGGCCCUGUACGACUACGACCUGCUGUCCAAGGACGAGAAGAUCGGGGAGACCAUCAUCGACCUGGAGAACCGGUUCCUGUCGCGCUACGGGGCGCGCUGCGGGCUGCCCCAGACCUACUGCGUCUCCGGGCCCAACCAGUGGCGGGACCAGCUCCGCCCUUCCCAGCUGCUCCACCUCUUCUCCCUGCAGCACAGCUACAAGGCUCCCACCUACAAAUCCGACCGGAUCAUCUUCAGGGAUCGGGAGUACGUCCUGUCUGAGCAGGAGGACGGGAAGGCCCCGAACCCGCACCUGGGGCCGGUGGAGGAGCGGCUGGCACUGCUGGCACUGCGGGACCAGGGGCUGGUGCCCGAGCACGUGGAGACGCGGCGGCUGAGCAGCCCCCUGCAGCCUGGCAUCCCUCAGGGAAAGCUGCAGAUGUGGGUGGAUCUGUUCCCCAAAUCCCUGGGGCAUCCCGGGCCCCCUUUCAACAUCAGCCCCCGCAAAGCCAAGAGGUUCUACCUGCGCUGCAUCAUCUGGAACACCAGGGACGUGAUCCUGGACGACCUGAGCGUCACCGGGGAGAAGAUGAGCGACAUCUACGUCAAAGGGUGGUUGGUGGGGCACGAGGAGAACAAGCAGAAGACAGAUGUGCACUACAGGUCCAUGGGGGGAGAGGGCAACUUCAACUGGAGGUUCGUCUUCCCCUUCGACUACCUGCCGGCCGAGCAGGUGUGCCACGUGGCGAGGAAGGAGCAUUUCUGGAGCUUGGACAAGACAGAAAACAAGAUCCCACCACAGCUGAUCCUCCAGAUCUGGGACAACGACAAGUUCUCCUUCGACGACUAUCUGGGCUCCAUCCAGAUGGAUCUCAACAGGAUGCCCAAACCUGCCAAGACGGCUGAGAAGUGCUCCCUGGAGCUGGUGGAUGACACCCUGUCCUCCAACCACUUCGUGUCCCUCUUUGAGCAGAAAACUGUCAAGGGCUGGUGGCCCUGUGGGGCUGAGCAGGACCACAAGAAGAUCCUGGCGGGCAAACUGGAGAUGACUCUGGAGAUCGUGGCGGAGCAGGAGCACGAGGAGCGCCCGGCUGGGAUGGGGAGGGACGAGCCCAACAUGAACCCCAGGCUGGAGGAGCCCAAGCGCCCGGAAACCUCCUUCCUGUGGUUCACCUCCCCCUACAAGACCCUCAAGUACAUCCUGUGGAGGAGGUACAAGUGGGUGCUGAUCCUGCUCAUGCUCCUCUUCAUCCUGCUGCUCUUCCUGGGGAUCUUCAUCUACUCUUUCCCGGUACGGAGCGGGCUGGGAAAGGCUGGGAGAGAUCCCUCGGGAUGGGGGGGAUGGUUCCAGGGCAGGGGGCUGGAAAAUCCAAGGCUGCUCCCUGAGGAACAACCUGGGGGAUCAGGGGGGUCAAAAG